GAAAAAGGCGCCGAGCGAUAUAGCGUCGAUGAUUGACGCGCUGGACGAUGAGGAUGAGCGCGAUGGUGGGUCGCAGGCCGGACCGUCGAAGGCGUUGGCGGCGUUCCGGGGCGAAGACGCUAAAGCCAACCUGCCGGUGUCCAUCUUCGGUAGACACGCAAACGCGGCGACUGGGGCGAAUAUCGCGAAGAGAUUGGCGAGCGAAUGGCCGGAGCCGGAGUGGCGAGCGCCGUGGAAGCUUUAUCGUGUGAUUUCGGGACACCAAGGGUGGGUGAGAUCGUGCGCCGUCGACCCGGGGAACGAGUGGUUCGUCACGGGCAGCGCAGAUCGCACCAUCAAGGUUUGGGACUUGGCGAGUGGCAGCUUGAAGCUCACUUUGACCGGUCACAUCGAACAAGUCACCGGUAUCGUGGUGAGCCAGAGGCAUCCGUACAUGUUCUCGUGCGGUUUGGAUAAAAAAGUCAAGUGCUGGGACUUGGAGUACAACAAGGUGAUUCGUAACUAUCACGGGCACCUUUCGGGAGUGUAUUCGAUCGCGAUGCACCCGACUUUAGAUCUGUUGAUGACGGGCGGUCGAGACAGUGUGUGCAGAGUUUGGGACAUGCGCACAAAGAGACAAGUGUACUGCCUCACUGGACACGAGAACACCGUUGGAUCCAUAUUAGCGCAAGACGAGAAUCCGCAGCUCGUCACCGGUUCGUACGACAGCACGGUUCGCUUGUGGGACUUGGCGACUGGUAAAACGAUACAUACACUGACUCAUCACAAGAAGGGCGUGCGUGCUAUGGCGAUGCACAAGAAGGAAUUCGCAUUCGUUUCCGCUUCAGCUGACAACAUUAAAAAAUUUUCGUGCCACGGUGACUUCAUGCACAACAUGUUGAGCAAACAGAAUUCCAUCGUGAACACGCUGUCUAUGAACGACGAUGAUGUUGUCUUUAGCGGUGGUGAUAACGGUAGCAUGUGUUUUUGGGACUACAAGUCUGGGCAUUGCUUCCAACAAGAAAAGGCGUUGGUGCAACCCGGUUCGUUGGAAGCCGAAUGCGGGAUCUACGCCUCCACUUUUGACGUCACCGGUUCGCGCUUGAUCACGUGCGAGGCCGACAAAACGAUCAAGAUGUGGAAGGAGGACACCGAGGCUACGCCUGAGAGUGCGCCGAUUCUUCCCUUUGCCCCACCCAAGAAUAUUCGGCGAAGUUGA